GCCGCGGGUUCGAGGCCGCGCUCGGCUCCGUUUGGCUCCGCUCGGCUCCGCUCGGCUCCGCUGCCCGCCCGCCAUGGCCCGACGCAGCGCCCUCUCCAUCCGCAUCGUGGAGGGCAGGAACCUGCCCGCCAAGGACAUCACAGGGAGCAGUGACCCCUACUGCAUCGUGAAGAUCGACGAUGAGGCCAUCAUCAGGACUGCCACGGUGUGGAAGACGCUGUCCCCGUUCUGGGGGGAGGAAUACGAGGUGCAGCUCCAGCCGGGCUUCCACAGCAUCUCCAUCUACGUCAUGGACGAGGAUGCCCUCAGCCGUGAUGACAUCAUUGGCAAGGUCUGCAUCACCCGGGACAUGCUGGCAGAGCACCCCAAGGGAUACAGCGGCUGGAUGAGCCUCAGCGAGGUAGACCCUGAUGAGGAGGUGCAGGGGGAGAUCCACCUGCGGGUGGAGGUGCUGGGCAGCCAGGGCAGCCGGCGGCUGCGCUGCUCCGUGCUGGAGGCCAGGGAUUUGGCCAGGAAGGACAGGAAUGGUGCCUCUGACCCCUUUGUCCGCCUGCGCUACAAUGGGAAGACACAGGAGAGCACCGUGGUCAAGAAAUCCUGUUACCCUCGCUGGAACGAGACCUUCGAGUUCGAGCUGGCUGAACCCGCUGGGGAGAAGCUCUGUGUGGAGGUGUGGGACUGGGACCUCGUCGGCAGGAACGACUUCCUGGGCAAGGUGGUGUUCAGCGUGCAGGGGCUGGAGGCGGCUGGGCAGGAGGAGGGGUGGUUCAGGCUGUGGCCGGACAAGUCCAAGCCGACAGAGGAUGGGCGCCGGGGCAGCCUGGGCUCGCUGCAGCUGCAGGUGAAGCUUCGGGACGAGACGGUUCUUCCCUCCCAGUGCUACCAGCCCCUGGUGCAGCUCCUGUGCCAGGAGGUGAAGUCGGGGCGCCAGGAUGGCCAAGUGCACCUGGUCACCCUCCUGGACGAAACCGCCACGGCCGAGUGCCGCCAGGAGGUCGCCAUCAACUUGGUGAAACUCUUCCUGGGCCAGGGGCUGGUCAAGGAGUUCCUGGACCUGCUCUUUGAGCUGGAGCUGGCCAAGCCCUGUGAGCCCAACACUCUGUUCCGGAGCAACUCUCUGGCCUCAAAGUCGAUGGAGUCCUUCCUCAAGGUGACAGGGAUGCCAUACCUGCACUUUGUCCUGGGCCCCACCAUCACCCGUGUGUUUGAGGAGAAGAAAUACGUGGAGCUGGACCCCGGCAAGGUGGAGAUCAAAGAUGUCGGGUGCUCGGGGCUGCACCGGGUGCAGACGGAGGGCGAGGUGAUCGAGCAGGGCCGGCAGCACCUCCAGUCCUACCUGGGCGAGCUCCUGGAUGCCAUCGUCAGGUCGGCCCCGGCGUGUCCGCCCCUGAUCCGCGCCGCGUUCCGCCAGCUCUUCCAGCGCGUCGGGGAGCGCUUCCCGCAGCACCAGCACGCCAAAUUUGUGGCUGUCACCAGCUUCCUGUGCCUGCGCUUCUUCUCGCCGGCCGUGAUGACGCCCAAGCUGUUCCAGCUGCGGGCCACACACGCGGACGCGCGGACCAGCCGCACGCUGCUGCUGCUGGCCAAGGCCAUCCAGCUGGUGGGGAACAUGGAGCCGGCGGCCGGGCGCGCCAAGGAGACGUGGCUGUCGCCGCUGCUGCCCGCCCUGCAGCAGGGCACCGCCCGCAUGAGGGACUUCAUCACCCGCCUGGUGGGCACCGAGCAGGAGCAGGGCGAGGAGCAGGGUGAGGGGCGGCCCCCGCCCGCCGUGCUGAAGGAGGGGCUGCUCCUUGUGCACAAAACACGGGGCAAGGGGCCGCUGCUCGCUGCUGCCGCCGGCAAGAAGCUGCAUUUCUGCCUCACCGGAGAGUCCCUGAGCUUCGGCAAGAGCCCCGGAGCGGAGCGCAUCGGUGCCAUCGCCCUGGGCGACAUCCUGGCGGCCGAGAAGGUGGAGGAGAAGAGCUUCGGCAGCUCGCACGUCAUGCAGGUGGUCUACCUGGCCACGGGCGGGCAGCAGGAGACCGCCUACCUGCAGUGCAAGUGUGUCAACGAGUUGAACCAGUGGCUGUCAGCCCUGCGCAAGGUGUGCGGCAACAACCCCCGGGUGCUCCGCUCCUACCACCCCGGCGUGUUCCGCGGCGACAAGUGGAGCUGCUGCCACCAGCGCGACAGGACAGGGCUGGGAUGCGACCGGACCCGGCACGGCGUCACCCUGCAGGACUGGAGUGACCCGCUGGAGCCCGCGGUGGAGGCUCAGCGCCUCUUCCAGCACCUGCAGGGCCUGCGGGACACGCUCAGGGACAAGUACUGGGAGCUGCUGGAGCCGGAGCACGCCCAGAACGGACCCCGGGGGGAAGACGCUGCCCUGCCCGAGGGGCUGAGCCGGUUGCUGGCGGUGCUGGCGGAGCUAGAGCGCUGCCACGGGCGGGCGCUGCCCCCGCCGUCCCCGGCGCCGGCGCUGCUGCGGCUGCAGACGUGAGGGCCCGGCCGGGGAGCGCGGCCCUGCAAUAAAGGCACUUUGU